AUGGAUUUGAAAUCAUCAUAUUCCUCGACUUUGUUCAAACCAUUUUAUGUGGGAACUCCAGCAGCUACAAUCUCUUUGGAUGGUGAUCUUGUAUGCACUCCAAUGGAAGAAGAUAUCAUCUUAACUUCAUUGGUGUCUAAUGACAUCUUGUAUAAAAUUGAAGGGGAUGAUGAGUUAGUGACUACUGUAACCUUAACCUUAGAUGGUAAAUACUUGGCUGUAACUUCUCAAUCACAGCAGCUCCGUAUCUUCAGAAUCAAUCAAGAUAAUGACUUUGAAAGUGAUGAUGAUUUGGAUUUUCUGGUUACUGAGCUAAAAACCUUCAAAUUAUCUUCACCAGUUUAUAUCUCCGCCACUGAUAGUACCAGCUCCCUUUUUGCAUUUGGAGGCUCUGAUGGGACUGUAACUGUAUGGGAUAUUGAAGGUGGAUUCGUGACUCACUCUUUAAAGGGCCAUGGGACAACCGUGUGUCUGUUGCUGUUUGAAUCCCAGCAAACUGACCAGAAGCAGUGGAGAUUGGCCAGUGGUGAUACUAUGGGUACCGUGAAGGUCUGGGACCUUGUAAAAAGAAAGUGCAUUGCCACUAUUAACGAGCACACCUCGGCUGUAAGAGGGGUAGCCUUUUCAGGCUCAUCCUUCUUGACUGCUGGUAGAGACGAGAUCGUCGUGAUUUACAACGAAAAGUACAAGCCAGUAAAGACCUUUUCUGUCGGACAGGUUGUGGAAUGCGCUGGAUUUGUAGAUAAAGAGUCCUUUUAUACUGCUGGUAGUGGGAAUGUACUUCAAAUCUUGGACUGUAAUGACGGUUCCCCAAUCAACUCUACCACUAAACCCUUGGAAACAAAUGAAGAAUUGGUGAUUAUAAAUGUACAAAAGUUGGAAGACGACUGCUUUACUUUAGUAUUGAGUGACCAAACCAUAGUCAAGCUUGAUGAAAGCUUGAACGUAGUUACUCGUGUUGCCGGAAACCAUGGUACAAUCGCCGAUAUCAAAUACGUAGGGCCCAGUUCUGAAAAUGGACAGUUACUUGCCUUGGCCACUAAUUCUCCAGCCUUGAGACUUGUCAACUUAGCUAGACCCUUGGAAGUCGAGUUAUUGGAAGGUCAUACAGAUUUGCUUAAUGCAGUAGAUGUCUCUGCUUGUGGAAAAUGGAUUGCCAGUGCUGGUAAGGAUAAUGAGGCAAGAGUUUGGCAUUUCGAUGAAGAAUCCGAGAAGUUUGUUGAAUAUGCUGUAUUCCAAGGUCAUGCUGGAAGUGUGACAGCUAUAAGUUUACCUAAAUUACCCUUGGAAGUGGGCCAAACCCCAACCUUUUUGAUUACUGGGUCCUCGGACUUAACAGUAAAAAAAUGGAAAAUCCCAAAAAUCGGAGCCGGUGAGGAGGCUGUCGUUGUUAAAACGUCAGACUAUACUCGUAGAGCUCAUGAGAAAGAUAUCAAUUCUAUCGAUAUAUCACCAAAUGAUGAAUUUUUUGCAACUGCUUCUUACGACAAAUUAGGAAAGGUUUGGAAUUUGGAACUGGGUGAAACUGUUGGUGUCUUACGUGGGCACAAGCGUGGAUUAUGGGAUAUUUCCUUUUGCCAAUAUGAUAAGCUUUUAGCUACCUCCUCGGGAGAUAAAUCAAUCAAGGUUUGGUCUUUGCAAGAUUUUACUUGUACUAAGACCUUUGAAGGUCACACCAAUGCUGUGCAGAGAGUCAAAUUCAUGAAUAAAAACCAGCAGUUAAUAUCUUCGGGAGCCGAUGGAUUAAUCAAAAUAUGGGAUAUAAAAUCAAAUGAAACUUUAAAGACAUUAGACUCUCACGACAAUAGAAUUUGGGCGUUCGAUAUUAAAGAAGAUGGCGAGCAAUUCAUAUCUGCUGAUGCUGAUGGAUACAUGUCCCUUUGGGUUGAUAAUACUGAUGAAAUGUUAGCGUUAGAAGCUUCUAAGAUGAAAGAAAAGGUGGAACAGGAACAAAAACUCUCCAACUACAUCAACAAUAGUGAUUGGUCGAAUGCAUUCCUCUUGGCAUUAACUUUGGAUCAUCCAAUGAGACUCUAUAACGUUUUCAAAUCAAGUAUUGGAUCUAAUCAAGACCCAGACUCAAAAUUGGGUUCUAAGAAGUUGGAACUGACUAUAUCCAAACUUUCGGAUGAUCAAGUCUUGACCCUUUUCAAGAGAUGUCGUGAUUGGAACAUCAAUCUGAAAUUCUUUGAGAUCUCUCAAAAGGUAUUGCAACUGCUUUUGAUGAUAUUUGAAAGCGAGAGACUCGUGGAAGUCAAAGGGUUGACCAAAAUAAUAGACGGUAUCGUAGCAUAUUCAGAACGUCAUUUCAAUAGAAUUGAUGAUCUUGUUGAGCAAAGUUUUAUGUUGGACUAUGCUGUUGAGGAGAUGAACAAGGCAUAG